UCAGGGAAUUUUUGAAAAACUCAAUUUUUAGUAGAAAAUUUUCAACGUUGGCGAGUAGUUGUGAGCGCACGUCAUUUUAAGUUAAAUCUCCGGUGAGAUUUUUGAUUUGAAAAAAAAAGUUUUUUUUCGUAUAUAGCAGAGAGUUUAGGCAAAAGGCAAAACAAAUAAAAAACAACAACUCUGUAUGUUAAAACUCUUUUAAAGAGGCUUUAACCACAAAUUAACACAAAAAUAUUAAAAAAAGACCUUAAAAUAGUGAAAAAUUAACUUUAUAAAAAAAACUAAACAAAACUAUCACAAAGAAAUAAAAAAAUCCCAAGAAAACAACUUGGUCCUACCAAGUGCUGUGCAAGUGUCUGGUAAAAUAAAACGCCAAAUCUACAAAUAAACUAUUACAUAUUUUUUAUAUCCCCCGGUGUGUUAAUUAAAUUUCGCCACCAUUACCCACUAUUACCACCCAAUUCAACAACAGCAACAGCCCAUUGAGGACGUUUGUGCUGUUGGUGAAUCGGUGGACUCAAUGAUGGCCUUGCCCAUGAAUUCUUUAUAUUCCCUUACCUGGGGUGACUAUGGCACCUCAUUGGUAUCGGCCAUACAAUUGCUGCGUUGUCAUGGCGAUCUAGUGGAUUGUACUUUGGCAGCCGGUGGUCGUAGUUUUCCCGCCCACAAGAUUGUUCUGUGUGCUGCUUCACCAUUUCUACUGGAUUUGCUAAAGAACACUCCCUGCAAACAUCCAGUAGUUAUGUUGGCUGGUGUCAAUGCCAAUGACUUGGAGGCUCUGCUCGAGUUUGUCUAUCGUGGUGAGGUGAGCGUUGAUCACGCUCAAUUACCCUCACUAUUGCAGGCAGCUCAAUGUUUGAACAUACAAGUGGCGCCACAAACUGUGACCAAAGAUGACUACACGCACUCGAUACAAUUGCAGCAUAUGAUACCCCAACAUCACCAUGAACAAGACCAACUGAUUGCGACCAUUGCCACUGCACCCCAACAAACCGUACACGCUCAAGUUGUUGAUGAUAUACACCAGGCUGGACAAAUCUUACAGACUACGACUCAGACAAAUGCGGCUACCGGACAACAGCAAACGAUUUUGACCACUGAUGCUACCAAGGAUGUUAUACAGCAAUAUUUACCGGCACGCAAACGUAAACCCAGAGUUAAGAAAAUGUCACCCACGGCUCCUAAAAUCAGCAAAGUUGAAGGCAUGGAAACAAUUAUCAGCACUCCCACUUCUUCGCAUACGGCCACUACUGUUCAAACUAACCAACAGCAGCAACAACAGGUUCAACAACAACAGCAGCAACAACAACAGGCCCAACAGCAGCAGCAGCAACAGGUACAGCAACAACAGGUUCAACAGCAACAACAAAUUGAAAACGGUACGGAAACGCAAAUAAUCACCUCGACACCCAUCAUUAAGAGUGAAGUGACAAAGGUGGAGACGAUUGUUAGUAUAGAUCCGAAUAGCAGCGGUGAUGACAUGGUAACGCCUAGCAAACCCGGAAAACGUACGAAUACCAGUGGUGAAAAACCCCGCUCCCGAUCCCAAUCCGAACAACCGGCCACCUGUCCCAUCUGUUAUGCUGUCAUCCGUCAAUCUCGUAACUUGCGUCGUCACUUGGAACUGAGACAUUUUGCCAAACCCGGCGUUAAAAAGGAAAAGAAAACGCCCGGCAAGAAAACCGCUAUGGCAGUACCACCCGGCACGACAAACGCUUCUGGAACAUCGACUGUGACCACGACAGCUACCACUGUGCCACAAGUACAAUCCGUACAAUCGUUGCACACCUUACAGACCGUACAAGUAAAGAAGGAUCCUGAUGCACAAAAUCAACAGCAACAACAACAGCAACAGCAACCACAAACCAUGACAGUGACAACGACCAAUAAUGGACAACAACAGCAACAUCAACAGCAGCAGCAACAACAACAGCAGCAACAAGUACAACAGGUGCAAGUGCAACAGACACAACAAAUACAACAACAUCAUAUAAUAGAUCAAUCGGGUAAUAUAUCAACUGCCACCACUACGGCCAACACACAGCAGCAACAGCAGAAUCAGCAACAACAACAACAACAACAGCAGCAGCAACAACAGCCACAACAAAUUGUCACACAAACUGAGAAUACUGAUGGUACAACAUCACUAUCGAUUGCUCAAGUCCAAACACUGCAGGGUCAUCAAAUCUUGGGCAAUAUCAAUCAGGGCAACAAUAAGAACAUUUUGGUAAAGAAGGUUUUCAUUUUAAAAGGCAGUAAUAAUACGUAAUGAUGAUCCAACGAUAUGAUCUGCGGCUCCGAGGGUAGUACGGUGGACAACGGAGUCGAGGUCGUAGCGGCAACAACAACAGCAGCAGCAACAACAACAGCAACGUCAACAGCCAAUGAAACGAACAACAGCAACAACAACAACACCGGUAGUAGUAGUAACAGUAGACAACAGAACACCGUCAUAAGUGGCAAUGAGGUAUUAAGUGUCAGCAC